UAAAAACAAAAAAAUAAAACCUUGAAAAACUCAAACGUGGAAAACUCAGUUCAACUUGUGAAUGCGUAUUAAAUAUAAUUAUGCUCAUUGAAAUAAUUGCCCCCUGAAAAGUAUUUGCCGGCACAGAAGUAGUGCCUAGAGCAGAAGGCCCUAAAAUGUGCUAGAUAAGUGAAAACAAAUUCAAAACCAAAACACCCAAAGUAAGAAGGAGAACACUGCGAAAGAGCAGAUACAGAGAGAGAGAAAGAGAAAAGAGAGAAGGAACCAUGGAUAUGACCAAGGACAUUAUGGAUUUCGAGAGGAAACUGGACCACGAGCAAUAUGAGCCCAAUGAUUACACAAUGGUGAACGUGGAGCCGACAGACACCCAAACAGACUUGGCCUAUGAGCCGGCCAAGACAGAGAGAGUUGAGCAGAUGGAGGAGAAUCCAAAGGAGCCGGAGCAGGAGCUGGAGCCUGAACAAGAGCCGGACCAAGAACGGCAACGGGAAGAGUCCUUUCUUAAGGAGGAGAACACUGAGAAACCAAAUGUGCGGCGUUUGGUGCUCAAUGAAGAGCCACUGACGCCGCCGCCACGCCCACUCACCUCCAGUGAGGUAGUGGGUCACACCGAGCCCGACGAACCAGAGCUGAGGGUACAGUUAAGCGCCAAGAAAUCCCGUUCCUUGCCCGUUUCCCCACAGCCACUGGUGGCACACAAUCUGACAGCGAUUGGCCUGUUUGAGUUUGGGCAAUCGAGCAAACCGAAUAAUAAUCACACAGAACAUAAGCCCAGGCUGGCCCAGAAGGGACUGGGACUUGGCCUGGGACUGGGUCCAUCAGCUCCAACAAGCACAGCUGGUCACCGCAAGCCGCAAUCCUCUGGUGGAGCUGGUGCCGGGGACAAUCAACAGUUUUGCCUGCGCUGGAACAACUACCAAUCGAAUCUGACCAACGUGUUCGAUGAGCUGCUCCAAAGCGAAUCCUUUGUGGAUGUGACACUCGCCUGCGAGGGACACUCGAUCAAGGCACACAAAAUGGUGCUCUCCGCCUGCUCGCCCUACUUCCAGGCACUGUUCUAUGACAAUCCCUGCCAGCACCCGAUAAUCAUAAUGCGAGAUGUGAAUUUUUGUGAUUUGAAGGCGCUCGUUGAGUUCAUGUACAAGGGUGAGAUAAAUGUGUGCCAGGAUCAGAUAAAUCCACUGCUCAAGGUGGCAGAGACGCUCAAGAUACGUGGCCUGGCUGAGGUGAGCGCCGGUUCGACAGCGGGCACUGGGAUCGGUGGCGCCUCGCUGUUGUCGGAGCAACGCAUGACCGUCUACGAUGAGGACGAGGACGAGGAGCUGGCCAUUCUACGCGAUGCAGACGACGAGGAGCUCAAGCCGAAGCGAGCACGUCUGCUGGCCAAGCUGCAGCAGGCGGAAUCCGCCCUGGACUUGAAUCAGCGGCAGCGGAAGCGUUCGCGCGAUGGCAGCUAUGCCACGCCCAGUCCCAGUCUGCCCUUGGCCCUGCCCAUGCCCCUGCCACACCCACUGCGUGGCGAGUCUCCGCAGCGCGGACAUGUGCCCACGCCCAGCUCCUCGGCGAGCAGCGCGGGGCAGCCACUGGCGAUGACCACCUCGACCAUAGUGCGUAAUCCCUUCGCCUCACCAAAUCCACAGACGCUGCAAUCCUCUGGCUCGAGCAGCAGCUCCUCCACAGUCGGCAACACCAGCUGCUCCAGCGCCAAUGCCAGCUCCUCGGCUGCUGCGGCUGCUUAUCGUUCCAAUGCACGCAGCUGCUCCCCUCCACCGCCGCCAUCGGCGCCGCCGUCGUCCAGUCAGCUCAGCUCACCCAAGAGUUCGGAUCGGGGAUCGGGCCAGUCUCAGCUGCCGCCGCAUAUGGCUGCCGCUGUUGCCGCCGCUGCUCAUCAUGCGUCUGCCUCUGUGUCGGGCUCUGGCUCGGCGGUGGCACCACCACCACCACCGCCGCCAUCCCAAAGCGCCGCCUCGCUGCAUCAUCAUGCGGCAGCUGCGGCUGCCCAACAACUGGCCGCCCAGCAUCAGUUGGCCCACUCGCAUGCCGCCAUGGCCAGUGCUCUGGGCGCCUCUCUGGCAGCUGCGGCUGCUGGCGGCGCCUCAGCUCCUGGCAAUGGUGGAGCAGGCGGCGGAGGAGGUGUGGGCAACUCGGUGGCAUCCUCGCUGGGUGCCCAUCACGAUGACAUGGAAAUCAAACCGGAAAUUGCGGAGAUGAUACGCGAAGAGGAAAGGGCCAAAAUGAUUGAGACGAGCGGACACGGCUGGAUGGGCGCACCGGCAACAGGCGCAUCUGUGGCGGCAGACAGCUACCAGUACCAGUUGCAGUCCAUGUGGCAAAAGUGCUGGAACACCAACCAACAGAAUCUGGUGCAACAGUUGCGAUUUCGCGAACGCGGACCCCUCAAAUCCUGGCGACCCGAAGCCAUGGCCGAGGCCAUAUUCAGUGUACUAAAAGAGGGACUCUCCCUCUCGCAGGCCGCACGCAAAUACGAUAUACCCUAUCCGACAUUUGUGCUCUACGCCAAUCGGGUGCACAACAUGUUGGGACCCUCGCUCGACGGCGGCACCGAUCCCAGGCCCAAGGCACGCGGCCGACCCCAACGCAUUCUGCUUGGCAUGUGGCCCGAGGAACUCAUACGCAGCGUCAUCAAGGCGGUCGUCUUCCGCGACUACCGCGAGAUCAAAGAGGACAUCAAUGCGCAUCAGUAUGCCAAUGGACAGGCACAUGGCGCGCACUUUGGCUCUGGCAACUCGUCGGCAGCUGCCAAUGGGUAUCAUAGUGCCGCAGUCAAAAUGGCGGCACAGAAUGCUGCACUUGCCCCGCCAGACGGCAGCAAUGCCCUGAGCAGCAUGACGGAGACCCUCCGCCGCCAGAUACUCUCCCAGCAGCAACAGCAGCAGCACCAACAGCAAUCGCCGCAUGUGCAUUCGAUGAACAUGUACAAGUCGCCGGCCUACUUGCAACGCUCCGAGAUUGAGGAUCAGGUGUCUGCCGCAGCGGCAGCAGCAGCCAAGCAUCAGCACAGCGAGCGACGCGGCAGCGAGAAUCUGCCCGACUUGAGUGCAUUGGGUCUGAUGGGGUUGCCGGGUCUGAAUGUGAUGCCAUCGCAGCAGGCGCCACAUCAGCGCGGAGGCGGUGGCGGCGGUGGCGGGGCAGGUAACGGGGGCAGUGCAGGCGCUGCCAUGCAUCCCAGUGCAGCCAGCUAUGCGCGAGAGUUGUCGCGGGAGCGUGAGCGAGAGCGCGAGAUGUCCCGGGAUCGGGAGCUGAAGGAGGCGAUGCAUGCACGUCAGUAUGGCAAUCAGUCGCGUGGCUCCAACUCCUCCGGCGGCAGCAAAUCGGCAGCUGGAUCCUCGAGUCGUCCAGGCGCCGCAUCCCCCUACUCCACGCUCUAUGCGAAGCAUGCCAAGGAGCAUCCGAGUUACGCGUACAACAAACGCUUUCUGGAGUCGCUGCCGGCGGGCAUUGACUUCGAGGCGAUUGCCAACGGACUGCUGCACAAGUCGGUGAACAAGAGUCCGCGCUUCGAGGACUUCUUUCCCGGCCAGGAUAUGAGUGAGUUGUUUGCCAGCGCCACUGAUGCAGUUGUCGGAGCUGGUGCCGGUUCUGCAUCGGCAGCAGCGGCGGCAGCAGCAGCAGCCGCUGCCUAUGCGCCGGCAGCGUUGCGCGAAUCACCGUUGAUGAAGAUCAAGUUGGAGCAGCAGCAGCAGGCGACAGAGUUGCCCCACGAGGAUUGAGUGACGGCGACGGCGGCGCCACAAGCGCCGGCCCCGAACUGGAUGGGCGGCCCUUUUGAAGAGGCCACCAACAGCUGUAGUAAUACAUUUGGACUGCUAUUUUAAGCCCAACGUUUUAGUGUUUAAAUGAUAGCCAACUCCCCCCGCCCCAACUACACCCCCGCCAGACACACAUCCCCACUAAGUUGCUAACUGGUUUUCUAUUAUUGAUAAAUGUAAGUUGUAGUUUGUAAACGGUACGAGUAUUAAACGUUCCCUAAGCCCCGCCCCGCCCCAAACCAUCAUCAGCCCCUUCACCCAACACACUUGCACUUCAGAACUUUCCUGUAAGGAUAAGAUCUCGCCUAUUAUUUAUAUAUAUAUAUUAUAUAUAUAUACAUAUAUUUGCAUUUUGUAUGCGCCUUAUUCUUUGCCAAUAUCAAAAGAGAAGCAAAACACACACAAAAAGUAAAAAUC